AAGCAGGCAUACACAAGGUUUGUGUCUGUCCAUCCAUUUUACAGUAGCUCUGCUAGCUGGUAUAGCCAAGAACCAACACACCCAUUCCACCGCGCACGCGCAGGUAGAGGGAGGCUAGGUAGAUCGAGAUGGCCGCCGCAGGGAACCUCCCCCACCCAAGCCCCGCUACCCUGCUCAACGCCGUGCUGGACGAGUCGGCGAGCCUGGACGACCGGAACGCCCAGUGGACGGAGGAGGCCGCGCGCGAGCUGAGAAACAUCGCGGUCGCCGUCCGCGCCAACGCGCAGGCCAGGAACGUCGCCGGUGCCAGGGCCGAGCUCACGUCGACGGUUCAGCACCUGACGCCGCUCUUGUGUCACUUCAUGAGCGAAGGCGUGCAGAUGCGCAAGCUGCGGCGCAUGUUCCGCACGGCGGUGGGGGCGCCGAUGGUGCCGGCGGCCGCGCCCGACCUGCCGCCAUUUUUCCGUGUGGGAGAUCAAUGCAUGUCGCAGGCGGAGAUCAGCAAUGGGAUCCUCCGCAACACAUCAGAGAGCAUGUCCGGAAGGGUCAACGCGGCGCUGACGCUGUUGGACGUGGUGGAGGCCGGGGCGACCAACCCCGACGAGGUCUGGGGCACCGUCAAUGAGCACCUGGAGGAGGCCACCACCUACACGGAGAUGAUGGUGGCUCAGCACACCGCACUGGUCCUCCACAUGCGAUGCGUGGUGAUGAGCAUCGCGGCCGGCGUCCGCCUCUACGUGCCCGCCUAAGACAUGCAAGCCCCUCCUCCGGUCCAAGCAGAGCAGCAGAUGCGGUGAUCGUCGGAAGCAUCAGGGCCGGCCGGAGGGAGGAGCGGAGAGUCAGUCCAGUCCAGGAAAGAAUGAAUUAGUUGCAGUUUUCGUUUGUGCGAUCGAAUCGACAAGGCUUGCUAGUUGCAUUGAUUGCGACAUACAGCAGCCUUGCCGUCGGUCUUAGGGCAUGUACAAUGGUUCUAUCUUAGCAAUGCCACGUAGGAUAAAUGAUGAGGUGGAGGAGAAAGAAAUCAUAAGAGAAGGCUUGUCUUCUCUUA